GACAAAGCCGUCUCUUCCGCCCCUUUCCACUUUGCUCAGUGUCGCCCUCGGGGAGUCUUCGACCCUCCCGCCGACCUCACUGCGCUCCCAGAGGCCUCCGAGGAAAACCCUGCCAUUCAGUGGGCUGUUUUCAGACCCGUCAACUGCAGAGUAGGGCAGCAAACAAGGUUCUCGGCCAGGACGUCACUUCCGGUCUGGCAAAGAAGUUUGGAGUAGGGAAGAGGAAGAAAUCACUUGGGGACAGAGGUUCUCGGACUUGGAGGGGAGAUUUAGGACUCUUCCCGACAUUGCCCUGUUGUGUCCAGGAGAGAAAUCCUGAACCAUGACUCAGCAGCCACUUCGAGGGGUCACCAGCCUGCGUUUCAACCAAGACCAAAGCUGCUUUUGCUGUGCCAUGGAGACAGGUGUGCGCAUCUACAAUGUGGAGCCACUGAUGGAGAAGGGGCAUCUGGACCACGAGCAGGUGGGCAGCAUGGGCCUGGUAGAGAUGCUGCACCGCUCCAACCUGCUGGCCCUGGUGGGCGGUGGUAGCAGUCCCAAGUUCUCAGAGAUCUCAGCAGUGCUGAUCUGGGAUGAUGCCCGGGAAGGCAAGGACUCCAAGGACAAACUGGUGUUGGAAUUCACCUUCACCAAACCAGUGUUGGCUGUGCGCAUGCGCCAUGACAAGAUCGUGAUUGUGCUGAGGAACCGCAUCUAUGUGUACUCCUUCCCCGACAACCCCCGAAAGCUGUUUGAGUUUGACACCCGGGACAACCCCAAAGGGCUCUGUGAUCUCUGUCCCAGUCUGGAGAAGCAGCUGCUUGUGUUUCCAGGACACAAGUGUGGAAGUCUGCAACUUGUGGACCUGGCGAGCACAAAGCCCGGCACCUCAUCUGCUCCGUUCACCAUCAAUGCACAUCAGAGUGAUGUGGCCUGUGUGUCCCUGAACCAGCCAGGCACCGUAGUGGCUUCGGCUUCCCAGAAAGGAACCCUUAUUCGCCUUUUUGACACCCAGUCCAAGGAGAAGCUUGUAGAGCUGCGCCGAGGCACUGACCCUGCCACUCUAUACUGCAUUAACUUCAGCCAUGACUCCUCCUUCCUCUGCGCUUCCAGUGAUAAGGGCACUGUGCAUAUCUUUGCUCUCAAGGAUACCCGCCUCAAUCGCCGCUCUGCGCUGGCUCGCGUGGGCAAGGUGGGGCCUAUGAUUGGGCAGUAUGUGGACUCUCAGUGGAGCCUGGCGAGCUUCACUGUGCCUGCUGAGUCGGCAUGCAUCUGCGCCUUCGGUCGCAAUACUUCCAAGAACGUCAACUCUGUAAUUGCCAUCUGCGUAGAUGGAACCUUCCACAAAUAUGUCUUCACUCCCGAUGGAAACUGCAACAGAGAGGCUUUCGACGUGUACCUUGACAUCUGUGAUGAUGACGACUUUUAAGGACCUUGGGGGCUGUGCUAGGAAUCUACAGUGACAGAUUGCAGAGUUGAGGCUUGGGUGUGGGAAAGUGCUGUGGAAGUCACCAGCCAGCAAGCAUUCCACUCAGCAAAGCUAUGUCUGAACCAACAGCUCACAUCCCUCCAGCUCUUUUUGAUGACUGUAUGCUAAAGAGCUGGGCCUAAGAUCCAAAGAGGUCGCAGGUCCCUGGGGCCUCUAUCCUAGAGAAGAUAGCUAGAGACCCAGGGGAAGCAUCCUAAUUCUACCUUGAGAUUUAAAAAAGCUUACCAUAGGAAGAGAUGAAUUCUGAUAUGAUGAAUAUGAAUAAAAUGCCCCUAACAGCA